AUGGCGCACCACGCCCACCACGCGCAGCCCACCAACAACAACAACUCCAGCUCCAAGAACCAGAACGUCGACCGCGUGAAGCGCCCCAUGAACGCCUUCAUGGUGUGGUCGCGCGGCCAGCGCCGCAAGAUGGCGCAGGAGAACCCCAAGAUGCACAACAGCGAGAUCUCGAAGCGGCUGGGCGCCGAGUGGAAGCUGCUGAGCGAGAGCGAGAAGCGGCCCUUCAUCGACGAGGCCAAGCGGCUGCGCGCCGUGCACAUGAAGGAGCACCCGGACUACAAGUACCGGCCGCGCCGCAAGACGAAGACGCUGCUCAAGAAGGACAAGUACCCGCUGGGCGCUGGCGCGCUGUUGCCGGGCAACGACGCGCAACGCAACGCGGCCACGGCGGCCGCGGUGCAGCAGGUGGUGGGGCGCGACAUGUACCAGAUGCCCAACGGGUACAUGCCCAACGGCUACAUGAUGCACCACCACGACCCGUCGGCCGCCUACCAGCAGCACCACUCGGCCUACGGCUCGCACAUGGCGGCGGCCGCGGCGGGCGGUUACCCGCGCUACGACAUGAGCCAGAUGCACCCCAACUCCACGUCGCUCAACUCCUACAUGAACGGCUCCUCGUACGGGCUGUACUCGACGGGCGGGGGCGUGCCCGGCGGCGCCGCUUCGCCCUACCACUCCAUGCAGCAGCAGCAGCAGCAACAGCAGCAGCCCGGAUCGCAGAUGUCGUCGCAUAGCCCCAGCGGGUCCAGCAUCAAGUCGGAGCCCGUGUCGCCGUCGUCGGCAGGGCUGCACACGCCCACGCCGUCGGGCGCGGUGGGCGGCGCGGGUGGCGGCGGCGGCGGUGGCGGCGGCGGC